CUCACAUGCAUUCCACUUUUCAUAUACAAAAUCCAAAACUUUCCUCAUUCACAAGAAAAGCACAAAAACCUGGCCACUUCCUAUAUUACACCACCAUACAUACACCAACUCCCUUCACUCCCAAACUAUAAAACACACAAUUAGAGUACCCAUCAAAGUACAUUUGAUCACCUCUCCACAUUUCUCUUCCCCCGACCAAAGAAAACACAUGAAACCAAAUCUUCUCCUUCUCCUCCCUUAAUCUCUUUCUCCAACUACUAAUCCACUUACAAACUUAGUUUCAGCUCAAAACAACUGAAAGAUACAAGAUGAGGACAGGAGGUUACACUGUCCAUCAAACUCUAACUACAGAAUCAGCAACCAUAGUAAAACAAGCCAUAACCCUAGCCAGGCGGCGCGGCCAUGCCCAAGUCACCCCUCUCCAUGUGGCCACCGCCAUGCUUGCUUCCUCCACCGCCCUCCUCCGAGCCGCUUGCCUCCAAUCCCACUCCCACCCUCUCCAAUGCAAAGCCCUGGAGCUUUGCUUCAACGUGGCCCUAAACCGCCUUCCCACCACCGCGUCAAGCCCUAUACUUGGCCUUCACUCACACCACCACCACCCCCCUUCCCUUUCCAACGCCUUAGUUGCGGCCUUCAAGCGAGCUCAGGCUCACCAACGCCGCGGCUCCAUUGAAAACCAACAACAACCCAUUUUAGCCCUCAAAGUAGAGCUAGAACAGUUGGUGAUCUCUAUCUUAGAUGACCCAAGUGUCAGUAGAGUCAUGAGAGAAGCUGGUUUUUCUAGCACACAAGUGAAAACCAAUGUAGAACAAGCUGUCUCUUUGGAGGUUUGUUCUCACAGUUCCAUUGAAAGCGCAAAACCUAGUCCAAUUCUUGGCUCUAGCCAUCAUGUGUCCCAAUUUCCAUCUUUGAGUCAUUUCAAAGUGAAAUUCAACACCCCCAAUGAUCACGUUCGUAACGAAGACAUAACGGGUGUUUUGGACUCGUUGAUGAGCAAGAAAAGGAGAAACUCUGUUGUCGUCGGGGAGUGUCUAGCGAGUGCAGAGGGAGUGGUGAGGAGAGUGAUUGAUAAGUUUGAUAGGGGAGAUGUUCCAAUUGAAAUGAGGAAUGUGCAAUUCAUAAGCCUUCCUCUUAUGUCCUUGAAAAACCUUCCCAUUGAUGAGGCUGAAAAGAGGAUAGGGGAGUUAAGGAGCCUUGUGAAAGGGUAUCUACCCAGAGGAGUUGUUUUGUAUUUGGGUGAUCUCCAAUGGGUAUCUGAGUUUUGGUCAAAUUAUGGUGGGCAUAGCAGAAGUUACUAUUGUCCUGUGGAGCUCAUGAUCAUGGAGCUUAGUAGAUUGUUGGGUGGUGUCAAUGGGGAAAGUGGAAAAAUAUGGCUGAUGGGAAUUGCAACUUUCAAAACUUACAUGAGAUGCAGGGCAGGGCAGCCUUCUCUACAGACUCUUUGGCAGCUUCACCCUCUCACAAUUCCUGUUGGCAGCUUGGGGCUUAGUCUCAACCUUGAAAGUGAUUUGGAAGGUCAGUUUGAAAGCAAGGUAUCAGGGCUAGAAGAGUCCAGGUGGUCAGAAAUCAAGCUUGGAGUUGAGAAGAACCUCACUUGCUGCAAAGAAUGCUUGGCUAGUUACAACAAAGAAGCUCAAAGCAUAGCAUUAAGUACUAGUUCUUGCUACAAUGAGUACUCCACCACCACUUCUAUUAGUUCAAGCUUGCCCUCAUGGCUCCAAAAGUACAAGCAAGAGAACAAAAGCAGCCAAACUACCCAUGACCAGGAAUUCAACAAGCUUAAAGAACUCUGCAAGAAAUGGAACUCGAUUUGCAGCUCAAUCCACAAACAGUCAAACUUCCUUGGAAAAGCCUUGAAUUUCUCUUCCUCAUCAUCUCCUUGUUCCUCUACUUCAAUCUCUUCACAUGACCAAAGCAGCCACAACUUGCACAACUCCCUUUUGAAUUGGCCAACACUCUUCGAACCCAAACGGUCCCCUAAAGAACACCAAUUCUUAGUAUCCCAAAAUGAUUACAAGGGCACAGAACCAAAACCAGACCUUUUGUCCAACCCUAACUCCAGUCCUAACUCUGCUUCUUCAAGUGAGGCAAAUGAGGGCUUUGAGUGCUUAAACAGCUUCAAAGAGCUUAACCCUGAGAAUUUGAAAACGUUGUGCAAUGCAUUGGGAAGAAAAGUUCCUUGGCAAAAGGAAAUAAUUCCGGAAAUCGCGACGACAAUCCUUGAAUGCAGAUCUGGAGUUAUUUCAAGAAAAGGAAAUUUGAAAAACAGAGAAAGCAAAGAGGAAGCUUGGUUGUUUUUCCUAGGACUUGAUUCCCUAGGAAAGGAGAAAGUUGCAAAGGAGCUAGCCAAGGUUGUGUUUGGCUCCAAGAGUAACUUUGUCACAAUUGGAAUAAGCAGCUAUUCAGCAACAAGAGCUGAUUCCAGUGAAGAAGAAUUCAGCAACAAAAGAGCAAGAGACGAAUCAGGUUCGAGUUACCUCGAAAGGUUCGCACAGGCAGUCGAAGAGAAUCCGAGCCGCGUGUUUCUCAUGGAGGAUCUAGAGCAAGUUGAUUACUUUUCUCAAAAGGGAAUUAAGAAAGCAAUUGAGAGUGGAAGAAUCACGUUCAACGGUGGGGAAUCGGUUCCUCUCAGGGACGCAAUUGUCAUUUUCAGUGGCGAAAGUUUAAGUUCCAUGUCUAGAGCUUGUUCUCCUCCCAUUAUCAUCAUGCCAAAAUGUGGAGGAGAGAGGGAAGAGAAAGAUGAUGAAGAAGAAGAUGACUCAGAGCUGGAGAGAAGAGUGGGUGGUACUGCAUUGGAUUUGAAUUUGGCCACUGGAGAUGAUAGUGGGGAUGAACAUUCAGUUGGUGAAAUUGGUAUACUGGACUCUGUGGAUAGGCAAAUCCUCUUCAAAAUUCAAGUGUUGUGAGAUGUACUCUCUCUCUUUUUUUCUUUUUUUGGGCUUUAGUUUUGGUUUAUUUUUUCUUUUCGUUUCUUUUUUAGUUGGAUGGGGGAAAGAAAUUACUGUUAAAUCAAAACUAAGCACUUCCAUGAAUGUCAUGUACUCUUACUUGUAGAUUGUAUAUUGUAAUACUUGUCCGAUCUUGUCGUUCGUAGUAGAUUGUUCUGUUCAACUUCU